CAAUUCUGGCACCGCGUAAACGCCAACCUGUUAUUGAGACAGACAACACCAAGAGACAGACAAUUCCUUUCUGUAACUUUCACCUCCCAGAACUACUGAGUGAUUGUUGGUGACUAGUGCCUGGAAUCCCUCAAUUGCGACUGCGACUGCCUGAAACUGAAUGACCGCGACUCAACAUCGACUUCUUCGAACUCCUCUCAGCACAGCUCCAGAACAGGUGAUCCAGGAUGAUCAAAUCCACGCAGAUUGCUAGGCUAGAUGGCCUCAUGCUAUGCGCCUCCGUCGACGAUGAGCAGACUGAAUCCUCCCUCUCCGAGAUCAAAUCACAAGUCAAGAUGGUCCUUCGAAGACUAAAUCGAAACUCAGAACCUCAAGCCAGCAUCGAGAGCGGCGCAUACGUCAUACACUACCUCAUCUCCUCCGAAAUCGUCUAUCUCUGCAUCAGCGAACGUUCAUACCCCCGAAAGUUAGCCUUUACCUACCUCUCCGACCUCUCCACCGAGUUCAGCACCACCUACCCCAUUUCGCAAACCCUCUCCCCUUCUCUCCGCCCCUACGCGUUCAUGGAAUUCGACACUUUCAUCUCGCGGACAAAAGCCACCUACUCCGAUACCCGCGCCACCCAGAACCUUGAUAAGUUGAACGAUGAGCUGAGAGACGUGACAAAGGUCAUGACGAAGAAUAUCGAGGAUCUGCUGUAUCGGGGUGACAGCCUGGAGCGUAUGGGUGAAGUUAGUUCCAGACUGAGGGAGGAUAGUAGAAAGUACAGGAAGGCGGCAGUGAGGAUCAAUUGGGAAUUGUUGAUGAAGCAGUAUGGUCCCGUUGGUGCUUUGGCGUUCGUCAUGAUUGUGUUUAUAUACUGGCGAUUCUUCUGAAGUCUCCCCUUUUUU